GCCCUCCACGCCUGUUUCAAAACCCGUCGUGACCUCUGGGUCUGGAGCCUCAAAGGGUCCCUUUCCUGGGCACGUCGCUGCGCGGCACCAUUCCCAUGGGCUGCGCUGAGCUGGGGCUCAUCCUUCAUCCUCUCUAAGGCUUUUGUUGGAGACUGAAAGCUGGCCGAUGCCACGGCCAUCAAACCCAACUUGUUGGAUCAAUAUAAAGAUCCAUCACUUAGCCGGGGCCUUUCUGAGCCUCACAAUGAGCCGCUAACUGAACAAUGCUUCAUUUAUGUGAGCCAUUGGAAGGAAUGAACUAGCUAGAACUCACUUAUUUCAUGCUCUGCCGUGACGGAACUUCGUGAACUCAAUCUAGUAUUUUUUUUAACAUCCUCACUUUUCCCGCUCUGGAUUGUAUAGGUUUAGAACCUUUUUUUAAACAAAAAAUUAAGUUUUUUCAAAUUCAGUGAUUUCCAAUAACAAUGCAAAGUGCUUACUUGUAGUCAAAGUACUCUGGCUUCAUUGCAUACUGCAGAGAUACAUAAUUUCCUUCUAUUGUUUAGAGAGAUGGGCGUAUGAACUUGCUGUUUCCUUGCAGUGUUGAUGGAGUGGAUACUAGAACCUGUCAGAAAGCAAACAUACAAACAUAAAGCCAAGAUGGGAGAGCGGUUUGUAUUUAAUAAACAAAAAUUAAAAAAAUAUUUACGACAGAUAUUUGUAUUUGAAAAACUAUAUUAAUGAAUAGUUAACCACACACUCACCAGGCAGGUUGUUUUCUGCGAUUUAACAGUUAACAGUUAACAGUUGAUAUCAAAGUCAGAUGCCAUGUAAUUUUCCAUGCCUAUAAUUACCGGCCCUUUUAAUCAAUUUUCCGCCUUUAUGGAAAUUAUUGUUGCAUACUAUGGAAUACUAUGGUAUUCUUUCAAAGUAAAAUACUCUAUGUGUAGUCAUGACUUGACUGCACAAAAAAAUGGAGAUUUUUAAUUAACAAAUAAUUUUUUUCUCAUCGCCAAUAUCCUGUAAAGCCAACGAGCAUAGAGAUAGAUAUUUUGUUACUCGCAUUCCUUAAAGAUAGAUGACUGUAUGCUUGUGUAUAUUGCAAACUGUACUUUGAGGUCAUAAUUUGAGCGAGUUACAACGGAGUGUUACGUCUGCCAACAUUAAUUUUAUUUUGAAAAACACAUUGGACCGGAAGCACUACGUUACCUUGACUCCCGCCCGCUCAGUAGUGGGCUGAUCGUCAUUAUGAAGACCCUUUUCAGUGAAGUUGGGAGUUCAAUUUAAAAUGUGUGUGUAGUUGACCCCGAGCAAAGCGAAGCAUAAUAUACUCUCACCCAGUUAGCUUAUCAAAGUGCUACUUAGCUUAGCAUUUGUCCGGGAUGAGCAGCAAUGUUUUGAUGAUCGUGUUGGCAUCUGUGAUGGCACGUUUUCUCCUGUCGGGCUCCAGAGUUCAUGCACAGGAGACAGCCCCCCGCAUUGUGCACCACCCGGCAGACGUGGUGGUGAAGGUGGGGAAUCCCGCCACGCUCUCCUGCCGGGUGGACGGCAGCCCCGUGCCGACCAUCGAGUGGCUGCGUAACGGCCAGCCUCUGGAGACGGCCCAGGGGGAGGAACAGCUGCAGCCCAUCGUCUUAUCAGAGGGGAGCAUCUUCUUCCUGAGCGUGGGGGGGGGCAGGCGGGGUCAGUCGCACGAGGGUGUCUACACCUGCGUAGCCAGGAGCAGGGCAGGCAUGGCCACCAGCCGCAAUGCUACGCUGUACAUCGCAGUGCUGCAGGAGGAGUUCACUUUGCAGCCCAGUGACGUGGAGGUAGCAGAAGGGGAGAUGGCGGUCUUAAACUGCGGCCCCCCAAUGGGACAGCCUGAACCGAAUGUCAUCUGGAAGAAAAAUGGCUUUCCCAUCAACAACACUGACCACCACUACAAAGCGCUGAAUGAGACGCUCAUCAUCGCUCCUGCAGAGAAGAACUACUCUGGUGCUUAUGUGUGCGUGGCCAGCAACCCCGGGGGAGUGAGGGAGAGCAGGGCGGCGCGCCUCUCCGUGCUGGCCAAGCCGCUGUUGGUGCUGAAGCCGCAAAAUGUGUCUGUGCAAAUGGGGGAGUCGGCCCAGUUUUACUGCGAGGCUAAAGGUGACCCCCCGCCUGCUGUGGUCUGGAGCAGAGAGCAGGGGCUACUGCCCAACGGCAGAUAUCUUGUAAACCCAGACCACACCCUCCAGAUCCACUACGUGACGGCCCAGGAUGCUGGGGGGUACACCUGCACUGCUGUCAAUGAUGCCGGUGUGGCCAGUGGCAGCGCACAGCUUCUAGUUGAAGAGCCCAGCAGUAAACAGAGAGACCUGCACAAAGAGUUGUCAGCCCUACGAAUUGCUCUGGACAACGUGACCAUCAUGGCCCCCGGGUCUAACAUAUCGCGAGUACAAUGGAAGCUCCAGCCCCCCCCGGCCCAGCCCCACUACCUCGACGGCUUUGAGGUGCUCUAUCGCUCUCUGCUGCCCGCCAGCUCCGACUGGACAGCCAAGACGGUGUCCUUGCCCAGCUUCCAGACUCCGGUGGGCCCCUUAAAGAGAGGCUACAUGUACGAGUUCAAAGUGCGUCCCUAUGGCAGUAGCUUGUAUGGGAGGGAGAGCAACACCCGGCACCUCAGAGUCCCUGAAACAGUGCCCAGUGCCUCUCCACUGGCUGUGUCCAUAACAGUGAGCCACGAGCAGAAUAACACCAUCUAUUUGAGCUGGGGGCCUCCGCCUCAUGAAACCCACAACGGCAUCAUACAGGGAUACCAGGUGUUCUGUGUGGAGUCCGAGGGGCAGCGGUACCAAAACUGGACCGUGAACAGCAGCCAACACAAUCUCAAAAUCUCCACCCUCAUACCCGGGCGACGCUAUUGGAUCACCAUAGCCGCUGUCAACGGGGCCGGAGUGGGAAUGCUGAGCGACCCUCAUGGAUUUGUGAUCAACCCACAAAUGGGCAACCCCCCCGCAUCAGACGGCCAAAAUCGGGAUCUGUCCCAGGUCGUGGCCCUGCUUAAGGACCCGGUGUUGAUCGGCAUCAUUGGCGUCCUCUUGUGUUGCGUUUUGAUGGUUGCGGCUGUCUACCUCUUCAGACGCCACGGCAGGACAGGCUCCCUGAUACCAGCACGGGGCAGGGAUAAAGGUUUGCGCAGACUAGCCAGUGAAGAUCUCAUCAUAAAACACAGGAUGGCUGCUCCAGACUCCCCCUGGAUCUCUGGAGGCUGGAGACCUGCCUUCAACCAGAAGUAUCAGGACCUAUGGGCCCACGAUCAGAAACAUCCAGGACUCAGAGGCCCCAGCCUCCCGGCCCCCUACAAGGAAGGCAGCCGCGUGGACUCGGCCGUGCCCAUUGUGACCGACAGCUGCGGCGUUUACGGCACUUUCUAUGUGGACUUGAUGGCCAGCGGCCUAAAGACCUUCAACAGCCCUGGUUGUCGCCCCAAGAUGCCCCAUAGUCUACCUCAUCACCAAGGAGCAGAGACCAUCCAAAUAUUCCCCCAGCCUGUUGCUAAGACCCCGCCCCUCAGCAGCCGAGAGGCGCUGCCAUGGAAACAGGGCAUACGGCCCCAGCCCAAGAUGGGCGUGCUCAGGGAGACGUGGGAGAAAAGCCAUAGCAAGCAAGAGCUGCAUGCAGUGAACAGCGUGCCCAUAGUGCCAACCAGGAACCGGGCUUGUCCAUCCGCACUCUACAAACAGAGACUCAGUCACGUACCAUCAGGCCGGCUCGAGUGCGAUCAAGUCACCGGCUGCCCUCGCCUGCUGCAUUACUCUGCAUCGUUACACCUAGUGGACAUGCUGCCCCCCCCACCACCAAUGCCCAUGGACGACACCGUGGACACAUACAGCGUCACCUCAGAUGAAGGCUCCAGUUGGUCUACAAAGCUCACAGGGGACAUGGGCUCUCUCCAGUCAGUGUCUGUCGCGUCAGGUCACCGUUGGCAACCACAAGCCACCGACCACAGCUGCCCCUCCUGCACUCACUGCUCUUCUACGUCGUACUCCACGUCAGGGGACGGAGAAAGGGGGGGCACGCUGACGCCAAAGGAUGCCGCCCAGUAUCUGGAGCUUUGCCCGAGACCUGAGAGAUGCAGCACAUGCAUUCAUCUGAUCAUGCCACCUCCGUCUAUCAGCAGCGCGCUGCCUGAGCAGCACCCCUCCCCGCCCCACUCCUUCUCCCCCACCCUGGGCUACACGUGUGGCCCAGUACGCUCUGCUCGGGCGGAUGGUGACUCUGCCAUCGCUGAGUGCGAGUACCUGCCAAUCGGCCUGAGACACGCCCGCCUCCGGAGCACACCCUCCUCCUGCUACAGCGAAUGGGACAGCUCGGCGUGGCACACCUGGAGCUCCGUCACAGACAGCAACAUGGCCAGCGCUCGCACCAGCCUCAUCAGCUCCGCGGACAGCUGCUACACCGACGACAGCGCACACCUAGCCCGCCUGCUGGCCGCAGCGGCGGAGACCAUGAGUGCAGCCUCUCUGUCAGACUUCUCUCCGCCUGCCUCCCCCCUCAGCGCCCUGUAUCCGGCCUUCUUUGGGGAGGGCACGCAGCUGGGCGAGCUGGAUCCGUGUCCUGCGUGGGACUGGAGCUCGGCCUGGGUGGAGGCGAUGGAGGCUCGGUGCAGGGCCCACCGUCCUGGCAGCAACAGCAGACCCUUCGAUGCUAAGGGGACGGGACAAGCGUUUCACACAACUUAUUUAGAUCAAGGAGAUUCAUUUCCCAGUCAAGAAUAGACAAAUAUCUGUUUUUGGAAUAGAAUUGGUGCCAGCUCCUUGAUGUUUGACACACGAUUGCUUGUAGAUGAAAUUGUUGAAAUUUGAAAUUGUUUUCCCAGUUUACCUCAGGGAAGUCCAGCUAUUUUACCCCCUUCAAAUGACUUCCAUCCAUCUCUAAAGUUCCCUUCGCUCUGCAUAUCCUCUCUGCUCAUUAGUAAGCAGGAUUAUGAGAGUCUUCCCUCGGGAGCUUCUUACGCAGUGUGUUUUGAAAAGUGCCAGAAAGACAUGAUGACAAAGCACACGUUUCAUAUUUUUAUGUUUGUUCCAUGGUUUUUAUCAAAGCCAGAGUCCCACAAAAUAGAGCUCGGUGGAGGGAUUUUGUACAGACUCUUUUGCUUACGUGUAUAUAUUCUGCAUAUUCAGCAAAUGUUAUUUAAAGAAUCUGAAACACAUUCCAAAACAUUUUUUUCCAGAUUUUGGGUGCUUCCAUUUACGUUCUAUUAUAUUUUUAAAUGUUUUUUUUACUUUAUACACUUUUAUCAGACAAAUCAUUCCGUAGUUCAGAUUAGCAGAGUAGAAAAAGUCCUCUGUUCAUGAUAUAAAUGAGCUAACUUGGGGUUUGACCUUUUAAUGACUUUAAUUUUAGGAACAUUCAACAAAAUAUAUUGUACAAGUUAUGCUGCAUUGAUUAGUCUUUGCAUGCUUGAUGAUGUUUUAUAUAGAAAUUCACUAAAGGUGGUAGGUUCAACGUUUACAUUUUUUAGAAUUUGUGUUUUUUUCACUUUACAGAUGUAUUUUAUUGUUCCCAAAAAGAUCUGAAUAUAUUGAGAUGAAGUUUUACAUUUAUAGUGUGCUCUGUGGGAUAAAGGUUCCUGUCACGUUACAAUAUUCUUCUGAAAUUGAACCUAUUUUCCCUUUUAUGUUAUUGUGCCAAACUAAAAAAAACCUUCAUAUAUGCUGCUGCAUUUUAUUUAGAAACAGCAUUUUUUGCUUCGUUUUUCUGUGUUGUUAACUAUGAAUGUCGCACCGAUUUACCUGAAUAAUACAUUCAUUUCAAUAAUAUAGAAAACUCUAAUUGUUAUCAAUCAUAUGAUUUCAGAAGGAUUUCUGAUUAUUUCAAAACUUUGUUCCUAUUCAAAACGUAUCCCACAUAUCUGGGUUCCCUUUAACGUUGGGAAGUAGUUGAAAUAAAUAUGUGAUGAUAACAAAUUCAUAAUGUUUCAAAAAAGAAAAUCAACCUUCCCUUGAAACUGGAUACCAACAGAAAAACACUUUUGAUAAGGGUUGAAUCUAAUUAAAAUCUUAUUGUUCAUCAUUUAUACACCACAAUAAUACUUUUAACAUUCAUGGUAAUAUGGAGAAAGGCAAAGUCCUGUAAUACACAGCACAUUAUAACUACCAUAACUUUACAUAUCAGAAGAGAGAUUAUGAAUUUAACCUUGAAUCAAUAAAGCACACAAAAAUCAUCCUAUAAGAUAUUAAGUAAAGUGACACCACUGUA